CAAAUAGAGUGGGUGACUGUAGAUAUCGCUAACUUCUUUGCGGCGGCUCAGUCAUCUCAGAUCUGGCCCUUAUUGUCAGGGAGGGGAAAAGAGGGACUGGGUGACUUCAACUUCUCAUUUCUUUACUCAAUGCAGUCCCAACGCGGACAUAUUUUAGGUUUUUAAUCAGGCAAACCAUGAGACGUCCAAAGUGGGUGACAGUAUGGGACUUCAAGGAGGGAUUUCCGAUUCUAAAGGACCCUGUCCCUUAAGUUCCCCCGGAAGCGUCUCCCUUUACACCAGGGCGACUGCCGAAGUAGCCUAAGGCAAUGGAGUCGAGCUACGGGGGUUGAUCCCCACAGCCGGGCUAGAAGUGGGCCCUGGGACUUCGGCCGUGCCUGUGCUGGGGGAACUGGCCAGCGCCAUGGCAGUCGCCGUGUCCUCAGAGCCUUUCGAGAAGUUGCACGACAUCUUCCGCGGGCUCUACGAUGACCUGCGAGGGGUCCCCGAGAGGCUCUUGGGGACCGGGGGGACGGAAGAGAAAAAGAAGUUAAUCAGAGAUUUUGAUGAGAAGCAACAGGAAGCAAAUGAAACGUUGGCAGAGAUGGAAGAGGAGCUGCGCUUUGCCCCUCUAUCCUUUCGCAACCCCAUGAUGGCCAAGCUUCGAAACUACCGCAGAGACCUGGCUAAGCUCCAGCGGGAGGUGAGGAAUACUCCUCUGACAGUGAUGCCUGGGGGCCGUGGAGACAGCAAAUAUGGAGCCUAUGCUGUAGAGAAUGAGCACAUGAAUCGACUGCAGUCUCAAAGAGUAUUACUUCUGCAAGGCACUGAAAGCCUAAACAGAGCCACUCAGAGCAUUGAGCGUUCUCACCGAAUUGCCACUGAGACAGAUCAGAUUGGUGCUGAGAUCAUUGAAGAACUGGGGGACCAAAGAGAUCAGCUGGAACGCACAAAAAGCCGGCUGGUGAAUACAAAUGAAAACUUGAGCAAAAGCCGAAAGAUACUGCGUUCAAUGUCCAGAAAAGUGGCAACCAAUAAACUGCUGCUUUCCAUGGUUAUCCUUCUGGAAUUGGUCAUCUUGGGAGGCCUAGUCUAUUACAAGUUCUUACGAAAACUCUGAAAAUCCCUGCCUUCACUUUACCCUCCUUGUGGAUCUCUAAAUCAAAUAGUUAAAGGACCAACUUUACUGCAAUGGGCUGGAGUUUAAGCACUCAGACUCUGUAUAGAAGGCUGACAAUGACUUGAAAUGUGAAGUAGUGGUAACAAGGCUGGGGUGCUAUACCAAGGUAACAAAUGCUGUGUUUAUUAGUUCUUUAAAUUUAGAGUAUUCUAAUAUAUUAACUCACAAUGAACUAAAUAAAACCAAUUACAGAAUAUAGUAAUAUUGGUCAUCAAAAA